CUUGAAUUGAACCACACCUCAAAUCCAAUUCUCCAACCAGCCCACAAUGGAGGCUUCGCGUGGCCCUCCCCGGGUCAAGAACAAGGCCGCCGCGCCGAUCCAGAUCUCCGCAGAGCAGCUGCUGCGAGAGGCUGUCGACCGGCAAGAGCCCGGCCUUCAAGCCCCGACACAGCGCUUUGCGGACCUGGAGGAGCUGCACGAAUACCAGGGUCGCAAGCGCAAGGAAUUCGAGGACUAUGUGCGACGCAACCGCAUUAACAUGAACAACUGGAUGCGCUAUGCAGCAUGGGAACUGGAGCAGAAGGAAUUCCGCCGAGCCCGGUCGAUCUUUGAGCGCGCGCUGGACGUCGACUCGACCUCUGUGGUUCUAUGGAUUCGCUACAUCGAAGCCGAGAUGAAGACCCGGAAUAUCAACCACGCCCGAAACCUCCUCGACCGUGCCGUGACCAUUUUGCCCCGCGUUGACAAGCUCUGGUAUAAAUAUGUCUACAUGGAAGAGACGCUGGGUAAUAUCCCCGGUACCCGCCAGGUGUUUGAGCGGUGGAUGUCGUGGGAGCCCGAAGAGGGUGCAUGGAGCGCAUAUAUCAAGUUGGAAAAGCGGUACAAUGAGUUCGAUAGAGCGCGUGCUAUCUUCCAGCGCUUCACCAUUGUCCACCCCGAGCCUCGGAACUGGAUUAAAUGGGCUCGAUUUGAGGAGGAAUCCGGCACGAGUGACCUCGUACGAGAGGUUUAUGGCUUGGCCAUUGAGACACUGGGAGAGGAUUUUAUGGAUGAGAAGCUCUUCAUCGCCUACGCCAAGUUCGAGGCCAAGUUGAAGGAAUAUGAGCGCGCGCGGGCUAUCUACAAAUAUGCUCUGGAUCGGCUUCCGCGGUCAAAGUCAAUGGUCCUGCACAAGGCCUACACAACCUUUGAGAAGCAGUUUGGUGAUCGGGAAGGCGUCGAGGAUGUGAUUCUGUCCAAGCGCCGGGUACAAUAUGAGGAGGAGCUCAAGCAGAAUUCUCGGAACUACGAUAUUUGGUUUGACUUUGCACGACUCGAAGAAACGGCCGGCGACCCGGAGAAGGUUCGGGACGUCUACGAGCGAGCGAUUGCUCAAAUCCCCCCAUCACAAGAAAAGAGGCACUGGCGCCGGUACAUCUACCUCUGGAUCUUCUAUGCCAUCUGGGAGGAAAUGGAAGCCAAGGAUGCGGAUCGUGCGCGACAGAUCUACCAAGAGUGCAUCAAGCUGAUCCCUCAUAAGAAGUUCACAUUCGCCAAGGUGUGGCUCAUGAAGGCCCAGUUCGAGAUCCGACAGAUGGAGCUGCAGGCUGCACGAAAAACAAUGGGCCAGGCCAUUGGCAUGUGCCCGAAAGAUAAACUCUUCCGCGGCUACAUCGACCUCGAGCGCCAGCUGUUUGAGUUCGUGCGGUGUCGCACCCUCUAUGAGAAGCAGAUUGAGUGGAACCCCUCCAACAGCCAGUCCUGGAUUCAGUACGCCGAGCUUGAGCGUGGCUUGGAUGAUUUGGACCGGGCUCGGGCGCUCUACGAGCUUGGUAUCGAGCAACCGACCCUCGACAUGCCCGAGCUGGUGUGGAAGUCCUACAUUGAUUUCGAAGAGGAGGAGGGCGAGUACGACAGAGUGCGGGCUCUGUACGAGCGUCUCCUCGAGAAGACCGACCACGUCAAGGUGUGGAUCAACUACGCACGAUUCGAGAUCAACGUGCCCGAAGACGAGGAGGAAGACGAGGAAGAAGAGCGGCCAGUCAGCGAAGAUGCGAAGCGUCGGGCGCGGGCGGUGUUCGACCGGGCACACAAGGUGUUCAAGGACAAGGAGCUCAAGGAAGAACGAGUGGAACUGCUCAACGCCUGGCGAUCCUUCGAACACACACACGGCUCACCCGAGGACAUCGACAAGAUCGAGAAACAGAUGCCCCGUCGGGUCAAGAAGCGUCGCAAGCUGGAGGACGACCGUUACGAGGAGUACAUGGAUUACGUCUUCCCCGCCGACGACAAGUCCGCCGCCAAUCUGUCCAAGCUGCUCCAGAAGGCGCACCAGUGGAAGCAGGGUCAAGCGUAGUGCAGGACUGGUGUACGUUGAAUCGCAUGAUUGUCGCAGGGCUGGAGAAAAUGAUAUCCUCACGUGUUAUAAUAAUUUCCCGAAAC